ACAAAAUUAAAAUAUUUGUUCCGAUCAAAUUUUACACAUCACAUAGUUUACAUAUAGGGACUUAUUCAUUUUGUCAUGGCGAAAACUGGCGUUGGUCCGCAUGGAGUGUCAUAAUCAGUGGCAGAGAUGAUAAUAACUUAGAAUAAUCAUAAUUUAGAAGCAGAGAGAUCAGCGAUGGCUACAAAGGAGACCUCGUUAACGAACCCCUCAUGCUCGGCACGUUCACGGAGCACUGAUGACGACACGCAAGCUCUUGGCAACCAUGGUGAAGUGGACAUGGGUGAUCACAACGCCAACUCUACUAAACUGGGUGGUGGGCCGACGCGGCGUCUGGCGGACCUUCUGAGCGACGCGGGGCGCUUUGCCUACUGCGGGCUGGUGACCACCGCCCUGCAGCAGCUCUUCACCGACACACAAUCAGACACAGAGUUCGCUGAGCACUCCCUGCAGCACAUGCUGCAGCACCUGGCCCUUCCCAAGACAGUCGCCGACGUGAUGGAGGUGACGUUGUCGGGGGGCUGCGGCACAGGCAGCGAGGUAGGCUACCGCGAGCUGCUGAAGGAGGAGCCUGUGCUGCAGCGCUCGGCCGUGCCCCUGGUGCAGGACCUCGUCAUCCUGGCGGUGCAGAGCGGGAGCUACGAUGCGCGCACGCGUGUGCUCAUCGGUCACGUGUCUGUUCAGAUGCGCGUGCCUCUUGACGUCAUGGAGAUGCUGGAGGAGAGCGUGCAUGAGUACCUCACAGAAGAAGCCCUUCCUACAUCUCCAGAGGAGGCAGCGCGGCAGCAGACAGCGCAGCGGCACGCCAAGUACCGACGCUACACGAUGAUCGGUCUCGCCACCCUCGGCGGGGGGGCCGUGCUGGGGCUCACGGGGGGGCUUGCCGCGCCAUUUAUAGGCGCCGGGCUUGGAAGCCUCCUGGGGGCAGGCACCAUCACCGCGUUCUCCUCGACCGCGGGGGUGGCCGUCGUGGGGUCUCUCUUCGGGGCGGCGGGGGCGGGCCUGACAGGUUUCAAGAUGAAGAAGAGGGUCGGCGAAGUCGAGGAGUUUGAGUUCGAGGAGCUGACGGUGGGCACUUCGCUGCACGUCACCAUCGCCGUGUCAGGCUGGCUGAGCAAGGACAUGCCAACCUUCACUGAGCCCUGGGCCACUCUUCACCAUUCCCGCGAGCAGUACGCGCUGCGCUACGAGUCCAAGUACCUGGCUGAGCUGGGCAACACGCUCGACUAUUUGCUGCAGUUCGCCUUCUCCAUGGCAGUGCAGGAGUCGCUCAAGUACACCGUGCUGGCCGGCAUCAUCAGUGCCGUGGUGUGGCCGGCAUCACUUGUCACGUUGGCUUCCAUCAUUGACAACCCUUGGGGAGUUUGCUGUCGGCGCUCCGCUCAGGUGGGGCGGCAGCUGGCGACGGUGCUGCUGCAGCGGGAACACGGACGCCGGCCGGUCACUCUGGUGGGCUUCUCGCUCGGCGCCAGGGUCAUCUACUACUGCCUGGAGGAGUUGGCACAGCGCAAGAACAGCGCUGGAAUCGUCCAGGACGUCAUCCUGCUGGGCGCGCCGGUCACUGCUUGUCCUACGAACUGGAAGCCUUUUGGUACCGUUGUGUCUGGCCGUAUCAUCAACGGCUACUGCCAGAAAGACUGGCUGCUGCACUUUUUGUAUCGCACCUCUUCUGCCGAACUCCACAUUGCCGGCCUGGAACCUGUCAAGUGGAUCGACAGACGCAUGUUUAAUUUUGACCUUUCAGAUAUUGUCUCAGGCCACAUGGAUUACGCGAACAAGCUGGAGCAAAUCCUGCGUACAUUGGGCCUACGCACCCGCGACGCCUCCCGCGCCGACGCCGGCCUGAAGAAAAGCGCAACUUUUUCCCCCAGCGCCACCGAGUUUGAUAAGAUCCGAAACUCAAGACGUGCACAAGAAGAUGCUGUUCUGAAGCCUCUGCGUCGGAGUUUCUCCGAGCCCGCGCUCCAUCGCCCACACUCGCCGCCCUUCGGUCGGCGGGCCAAACGGGCCUCGCUGUCCUCGACGCCGACGUCUGGCCUCAUCCAACCAUAGCCGCCGCUCGUCGGGUCCCGGGCCUAUAGAGCCUCGCUGUCCCUGACGCCGACGUCUGGCCUCAGCCAACCAUAGCCGCCGCUCGUCGGCUCCCGGGCCUAUAGAGCCUCACUGUCCUCGAGGCC